AUGGGAAACUCUCAAAUAAAAGAAGAAAAAGAGACUUCCGAAGUGAAGGAUCAGGUCUUUGAAAGCCAGUUUAAGCGAAUUAUUUAUACUCCAAAUAAUUUCAACAACGACCCAAAAAAUACCGAAUGAAACAAUGUUUUGCUAAAAAUUGAAGGCGGAGUUUUGUAUUCCUUUAUGGACUCUCGUUUAGAGCAUAAAGUGAAAAUCAAUAAAGCUAUAAGCAUUUCGGCGGAAGAUGCACAUUUAAAGGAAUUUUUAUUAGGUCUCCAAUUAUCAGGAGAAGAUUUUAUUUGGAGGCUAAGGUCGGAAACUCUGGUUGAGUUCAUACAAUGAAAAAAAGCGCUGAUGAUAUGCAGAAGGCCGGAGUGGCAGAAAUCGAAUGUUUGCCAAGAAUGUGGGGCUGCUUUUCAUGUUUAUAGAAGAAGCCACCAUUGUAGAUCGUGUGGAAGACAGUUAUGUGAUAAAUGCUCUUCUUAUUUUAUGGAUUUGGAGUCUAUGGGAUAUAUAACUCAGCAGAGGUCUUGCAAGAAGUGUAUUAGCGAGUGAAAAAUGAUUAGAAAUUCUACGACGGGAAGUAUGAUAGAAGAAAGGAAAAGAAUUAGCAGAUCGAUUAUGAAGCAGAAAAUGUCGCUUCUAAAUGCUACGAAAGACUCGUUUCUAGAAAAAGAUUUAAAAGAGUCGUCUAAUCCGUCUUUAUUAUGUGGUAUGGGAAAAGACGGAUUUUAA